GAAUGCAGACGGACUAUAUGUUAUGGAAUAUAUCGGCGAUGCUGAAUGAUAUUUUAAUAAAUCCGGAAUGAAUCUGGCAGAAACAAAUAAUUUUUUUCCAAUUAGACCAUUUAUUAGCCAUGAAAAAAGGCAUUAGGUAUCAUAAAAGAUCUUUCAAAGACGUCCGAAAGAUAUCUAAAAAAAAAAAAUAAAAAAUCCAUUGUGGACAUCUUUUAGAAAUUUGGUCCGGUUAAAUUCACAGACGGGAUUCAUCAGUUUUUAUCUCUGAAAACCGGCCGAUAAAAGGCGACGAAAUAUCGAUAAUUGAGUCGAUCAUUUAUCGGUUAUCGUUUAAGAAGAGCCACACUGCUCGAGAAGAAAGUCGGACAAGGAGUUGGACAGCGCGACGGUAGGCGGCUACCACGUCGUACCGCCGCGUCAUUCGACGCUGUGGAUUGGACGACGUGGAGAGGCGAGUAGCCAAGUUGAAUCGACGCACAGGCGGCACCAACGUGCCUCGCUCCGUGGUGUCCAUGCAUCAGCUGGCCAUGGCAGUUUUGAAUCACCCCUGCGGGCAUCGGCGAACACCGCUGAUUCGGCCGAGCGUUCAUCACGCUGACCGACCCGCGUAUAUCCCUGUGAAAAUUGAGGCCGCAUGUACGCGCUGGGAAUUCGCAAAUUCGGCACGGAAAGCGGUCGCAGCCACUUGGCCGAUCUCGCCGACUCCUCCCCGCCCGGAUCGUUCUCGAAAGGUCUCCCGGACCAGAUCGCUGCGACGAUGCUGUGCGCUACGCGACGAGGAAGCCUGACGCUGCGUGACCCAGAUUGAGGAGACUCGAUGAUACUUGUCGAUACAGGCUUAUGAUACAGGCUUACGUACCUGUCUAGGAAACAAUCGUGGACCUAACGUGAAUGAAGAUGGAACGGACAAAGCUAUCGAUUCUUUUCAACAGUCACAUGGAUAUUGAGCAGACAGAAUGGGUCUAUUUACCGAUUGACGCUCACAGCGAAUCAGCAAGGCAACAUUAGUGCUCAUGGGAGACCAAAUAGGAGCGCAAUAUCCAAAUGCAAUCAGCAGACCCAAAUUGAGUGGUCAAUGCCUCUUAUGUACACACGAUACAUGAAUUUUACAAAAUAAAUAAUGGCAUACAUGUUAAUGUACUCAAAGGCGUCAUGAGUGCAUUUGACCUUUAUUUGGAGUUAUUAUUCAUCACGAAGAAUUCGAGGCCUAUUCUACAUAAUCUUUCGUCAGACUUCCUAUGAUCCCGAUAUUCAAUUGUAGAUUUUCACCUGUUAUACUCAACUAUUCAUCACUUGAUGGACAUUCCAACUCUGAAUUUUGCACUGAUGAACUGCACCAUGAAUAUCUCGAUAAUGCAAUAUCAAGAUAUCAUAUAUCUUGAUAAUACUGGCUCUUGCGGAUAUUCAAACAGGAACUUGCCAUACUAAUAGCGUGAUGAUUGAAAAAUAUCAAAAACAGGCUAUCAACAGUUAACUCAGGUUCACUUUUCAAGUGUACAAAUGAUAUACUUGUUAUCAGAAGUACCUUGAAAUCAAGAACUCACAAUUACACGAAACAAGUCAAUUUAUCCAUCAUGUUUAUGUGCCAACAUUAUGUAGCUUCAAGUUUUUAAUAUUGUUGAAAAUUCAUCGCUUUCAAGAAUUUAUAUAUUGAAGAGGAUGUAUUGUUGAAGAACGUAACGUGAAAGAAGCAAGUAUACACAGCUGUGUUAGCUGAAUGACUACUGAUAAAUUAAUUGGAGAACAUCAAUAUGUACACAACAGAAAAGAAAAAGCAGACAUAACAUAAUUAAAGGCAUCGUAUUGCUGACAGGAAUAAUUUGAAGCAAGGAUAGGAAUGUAAAGGGGAAUACCGGUGUAGAAACAACAGUAUAAAACUUCAAAGAAUAAUUAUCCAACACAAAGAUAUAUAAACAAUCAAGAUUUAUAUUUUUGAAUAAGAAGACGUGAAGAAAUGGUGUCUACAGAUAAACAUAAGCACAAUAUCAAGAUUAAAAGUAUAUUUUGCAGGAGAAGAAUUAUUUUGAGGCAACUACUGCACAACAUAAAGUAAAACAUGUAAGAAUCGCUGUGAUUGCCUGUGAAUAUGCCUAUAUUUGUGCCUAUGCUAUAUUUGUAAAGUAACAGAAUCCACAAACAUUAUUUUCAAGAGAAAUGCGUUUAUGAGAAAUUACAGGAAGAUCUUUGCUCACGAUCGCAAAGCGUGAAAAAAAAGAUCUACUUUUGUACAAGAGAGGUCAGCAAAGGAGAUUGACUAUUGAUUUAAAAGACGGAAGAUCUCGAGCCAAAGCUUCGUCUAGAAAAAUCAUGAUGAAGAAAAAGGAAAAGAGGGAGAGACAGAGAGAGAGGGAGAGAAAAAAGGAAGAGGCAGUUGUUUCCUGCGAAGCUUGCUACGAAGAACACGACAUCGACGAGCGCGACAAGUGCGGUACACAUUUACCUGACCGAAGUCAAUAAACCCCAGUGCGCCCAUGUAUGUAUGUGGUGAGUGUGUGUACGUGUGUAUAUGUGCGUGCUUCCCGCCAUUAUCGCGCGUAUUGUAGUUCAUUCUUAACGCGCGGUGCCGCCCGACUCCCCUCCGCGAUGGACUCGCCCGUCGUGUUCGCUUCGAAGGAACGGUGACGGUGCCCGGUGAUUUCCGCGCCGAAAAUCGCCGGCGAUUCGGCGGAUCGAGCGAAGAAUCGCGCGCCGCUUUCGGGCGGCGUGAUCUGUCAAAAUAUCGCGGCAUGCACCGCCACGCCGAGUGACUUCUCGUGCGCGCUGUGUUGUGUUUGGGUUCGGCCAUUUUCGCGAAGGGGGGUUAGGGUGCAAGUCCUCGCUGUCGAUCACCGAUCCAGCGUCGGCCGUCAGGAAACGUCGCGGCCACGACAAGUGAUCGCGUUGCAUAGCGGCACGACCAGCAACGGCGGUGCCUACGUCUCCGGAAGCACCGUGAGAAAAUCGCUCGAGAAUCCUCCGUCAGCCAUGUGCAUUGCGGCGCAUCGUUCAAAACGUCCUCACACCCCUGCCACGGCCGGCGAAUAGAGCGCCCGCUGCCGCGGCCACGUGACCGUGCCCGACCAAUCCGCGCGGCGGGAUUUGAAAUCGUGCGUGGUCUUUGUUCCACGGGCCUGCUGCUCUCGUGUCAACGUUGUGCCUCAGUUCCGUAAAGGGGGCCCCGUGUCUCGGUGUCCGUUUAUACAUGGUCGCUGCCGAAAAUCGCGCGUACCGCUCGUAAAUGUAUAUGUGUGAAAGUGGUGGCGGCGAGGGUGCACGGUGUCUCUGCUCUAACGUCGAAUACACGGUAAGAUCUGGCGCCGAUGUACGCGGCUCCGCAUAAAUAACCCGCGAAAAAGUGUUGUUGCCCCUACGUCUGUCGCGGAUCGUCCGUCCGAUCGCUCGCUCGCUCGCCCGCCCGCCGGCGCGCGCGCGCAUCCCCCCCCUCCCGUUCCGUGUAUGUGUGUGUAUAUAUAUAUGUUGUGUGUGUGUCAUUCUCUUUCUCUGUCUAUCUGUGUCCCUCUCUGUUCGUUGUCCAUCUGUCAAGAGCCGACCGUAUAUCGUCGGUGCGAAGCGGAUGGACGAUCACCGAACCUCUCUUCACCGUUCUCGGUUUCCUCUCUCGCUUUUCAAUGUCUUGUCGCGGACGAACUCGAGAUCGAGAAGUCACGAAAGAGAUAGAUAGAUAGAGAGAGAGAGAGAGGUACGUACGGUAGUCCGUCUGUCUGUCACAACUCGACGUUUUCUCACGAUCGCGUAUCGCGCCGCGCAUGUCGACGAUAUUUUCAGUCGAUUCGCGGUUAUUUUCGCGACAGGCCGUCGAUAUAUACAUCAUAUUUUUUGUACGCGUAUCACGCGAUUGCACGAGAGUCGCAUCGAUAGUUUAUGGUGCCGGCUCGAUCGAGAAUAUAAACAGGCGGCUGUCUCCCUUGUGUCUAGUCGGUGUGAAUGAACGCGGACGUGUAGGCGUGGGAGUACGGCACCGUAAGUUUCGGCGGGAAGAGUGAGACAGCGAGUGUGCGUAUGUUGUGUGUGUUUUUUGUGCGGAGAAGUGGAGAAAAUUUAUUAUGCGCUCUGGAAUAUUCUUAAGUGCCUCGCGCGUAAGCGAAUGAAUUUGUAAAUUCAACAAGUUGCUGAUAAUAAAAAGUAAAUUACGUGAGUGAUACGCGCGUGGCGAUGAGAGGGGAGAAAUUUCGGAAACCCGAGAGAGAUAAAGAGAGAAAGAAAGAUUCCUCCGAAAGAUUUCCCACAUGAUUGGUACACGUUCAGUUCACUCGAUGCUGGCUUGAAAUUUUCCGGGACUCAAUUAUCAUUUUCAUUACCAGACAUUUCCCGACGAUCGAUUCGUACGAGUGAACCGAAGUUGGAGUUCUGAUUAGGCGAAUUUCUGAGAGAGAGAGAGAGAGAGAAAAAAAAGAGUGUUAAAGAUUCUGGACAAUAGGGCGUAACGGGGACGAAAAGAGCGAGGAAGAAAAGGAAAGCUACGAUUAACGAGGAAACGAGAGUGAUGUAACGGAGAAAAGAAAGAAAGCAAAACGGAAAUUGCGGUAGUCUCGAUUAUCUUCACUGCGGCAGGUACGUUUCUUUUUACAAGCUCUACAGCUAGACAGAGAAGAUAAACCGUUUGUUCCUUUUUUUCAUCUUGUAUCGCAGCUGGUAGUCCAGCGCAAAUAGGAGAGAAGGCGCAUCGCCUCGGUCUCGAUAAGCACGCCAAAUCAAUAUUAGCACGCCGUGGCCCUAAUCAAAACACAACGCGAUGCUGUACUUGCCACCACUCAGGUGACAACAGCGCGUACAUACGAACGCGUUGCAUAUUAAUACGAAGACCGAGCAUCGACGCGUUAAAUCGCGGCGAAAUAUUUCGCUUUCAUUAAUUCGCAUCUCCGCCAUGAGGAAGGGAAGCGAAACGCAUGAAUUGUCGCCUGUGACAAUUAUUUCGACCACACGACUGUAAAGUAACACGUCAGAUUGAAUCGUCUUCGCUGAUAACUCACAGUUCGAGGAAGAGAUUCCUGGAGAGGAAGGAGAGCCGCCGGUGUCGACGGAAUUGGCGAUUUUUCAAUUUUCCCACGACGGUAUUUCUCAAUCAUUCUCCGUACAUUUCAUGCGUGACGCACUUCAACCGAGCUCCAUUGUCUCUCACUGUCUCUUGUUACUUUUGUUUCCUUCUUUUUCUUUUUCCAGACCCAAUCGCCGUUAUACGGCGUUAUCGACACGAAGCAUGCGUGAUCGUCGUCCGCCAAUGGUGUAACGCGCGAAACUUUUUCGCGCCAAUUCCGCGCGACCACGUGCGUGCGAUGACAUACGCGUACACACGUCGAGGUGUGCGUACAGAGACGUUCAUCGUGCAACGCAUAAGCCGUCGAGUAUCGGCGCUAAAUCCGUCCAAUUCUAGGGAAUAACGCGCGGACAAAGUCCGCGGGAAUUGAACGGCGCCGACGAAUUAGAAAGUAAAAUAACGCACGAAAGGCGGUGGACGAAAUCGACGUUUUUAGCGGCACAUUAUCGCUUUUCGAUGUGGAUCUCUCUCUCUCUGUCUGUGAAAAUAGAAAUCCGAAAUUGGCCUGCGAAUAUCGUCGUCGGGACGAAAAGUACGCGGAGGCACACGACAGGCGCGAACACGAGCCACCGUACGGAAAAAUCCCCGCCGAGUAAGAGUCUCCAAAUACUUUCUGUUUCGCUGAAAAAGACGAUUAAUAUAAAUCCGAAACAAUAUAUAAAACUCUUUCCCUUCACAAAGGUAGCGGCAAUGGUGCCGCCUGCGAGCGGCAUUAAGGGUUAACGAGCGGUCUGCGCUGGAUAAGGGGUGAAGUGAGCGAGACAGAGAGGGAGAGAGCCCGUCUACUGAAUGUUGUACGCUGAAAGUCUGGCCGAUAUCAGGCCGACGAAGAUGGUGAACAUAGAUAUAUUCCGACACUUGAAGGACGAAGGCCAGUAUUCCAACCUUGACGAAAUAUGGGAUCUGCAUCUUUUCUUUAGCAACGAUGGGACAGAAAUGAAUAAUUCUUUCGAACGGGACGCGUCGUUCUCGUCGUUAUUACCUGCCAAUAGAGAUGAACCCGGAGAUCCCAACGAUAAUUCCAAUGGGAACAUUGAUCAACGUAGUCAGAUCAUGGAUCAACAUGAUCUCAGCGACAGUGACGCGCUGCCGCUGUUGAAUCCGAACGAGGUGAUACCGCUCGUGCUGCCGAUCGCACCGUCGUACAAGGAAGUGCAAACGAAAGGAAAUGCAACGGAGGAGAGGUUGCAGGCUGUCCUGGACAGCGUCGAGAACCGGGACAGUGAUGAUAAAUCCGUGGUAAUCAAAGACGAACCCAUCGAGGACGGUGAGCCGGCAAUAGAAAGCGAGCCUGAGCCGAUCGAUACGGGCAACGGUGACGAAAAAGAGAGUAAGGCGAGCGAAAGCGAACAACACAGCGGCGAUGUGAUGAACGGACGAACGAUGAAGGAGGAGGCGAGAGAAGAGGACGAGGAGGAGGACGUGGAGGAGCUGAAGAAGGAAGAGCUGAAGCAGGAGGGAAGAAACGAGGAGAUCGAGCUAAGACAAGCGAAGCACGGGAAUGAAGUACAAGAGGACAUAGCACUGCUUACGCCGCCGGAUUUCCAAACGCCCUUGUCGUCGCCGACCGACGUCGCGGACGUCGACGUGGACGCCUCCUCGGUCUCGUCUCUAAUGGUGUCGCCGAUCAAGUUGAUGAGGUUGUCGCAAUCGGAAUCGAAUCAUUCGCCGGAGCACGCUGUGUAUCGCAUCAAACGGGACAGGAGGAAAAAGCGGGAACCGCCGAUGAUAAUCCCGCCAUACCAACCGCAGCAGCCGACGAUUGAGAACGAAGCGCCGGCUACCAAAUAUCCGAAACCUCCCUAUUCUUACUCGGUCCUGAUCAUGCUGGCCUUGAAGAAUAGCUACCGGGGAGCUCUGCGAGUUUGUGACAUCUAUAGUUUCAUAUGUUACCAUUUCCCUUACUUCAGGACCGCGCCGGCCGGAUGGAAGAACUCGGUGAGGCACAAUCUUUCGCUGAACAACAGAUUCGAGAAGGUCGACGAUGACGACGACGACGACGGUGACGGUGAGCCGAAGAAUAGUACGCAAAAGAAAGGGGGCCUGUGGAGAUACGCUCCCGACAAGACCAAGAAACUGGUCGAGACCAUGAAGAGCCGCUCGAAGAAGGAUCCAGCGGGCGUCUCGUUGUCCAUGUCCGAGCCUCACAUGAUUGACCGUCUGGAACGUGGCGAGAUGAAAUUCGUGGUCGGCAAUCCGAAUAUGGAGUACAUGGAAGAUGAGGGUUACAUGGAGGAGAACGACGAAGAGGGGAGUAGCGACGAGAACUCCAUGCAAUCUAUGCCGUCCGUGACUCUCGAGGCCGACGGGCAACAGAGCCUUCUGCACGAGGAUGAGGAAGACGAGGCUAUCGCUAUAACGCAAGAGCACGUCGAAGCGCACUUUCCCCAGGCGGACAACGGCCUAGACGAAAGCCACGAGGAAGGGAAUGGUAACGCCAAUCAGAUCGAAGUCUACGGACAGGUCCACGCGACGAGCUUGUCGCACCAGGUACAUUUGCAUCUGCAAGAAGUGUCGCCGAUCCAGAAGAGAAGAAAAAUUAGUAACUCUGAGCCGGUGCAGAACGCCCCGGUUGUCCUGCAGGUUCAAGAGAACACUGUCCGCCGGAGAAUCGCGGUGAGACCGCCCGGUUCUCAGUCCGGGCCGCAGGCCGGGCCGUCCAGGCUGCAAGCUGGACCGCUCGGAACGCUCGCGCCGCAAUCCGUUACGACAACUCCCCAAUAUGUCAUCUUAAAUAUCGACAAGUCCUUGCUCUAGACUAUCAUAUCGAUGAAAUAUAUUUGUACAAUAGCUUACAGUAGAUCAUACACCGGGUGUCUCACCGAUACCGCCAUUCGUUAAUGGUACAUUCCUGAGGGCACUCUGAGACGGAAGUCUCGAUACGAAACUGUCUCGAAGCUAUGGUAGUUUUUUAAACGUUUGAAGAUGACCGGAAUCGGACUGGUGGAAGUCUGCACGUUCGAGUGAAUCUCACAUCAAAGGUGUCCCUUUGAGCCCUAAAUAUUAUUAGAAUAUUAUAACUAUUGUGAUUGUGUGGUAUGAUGAUGGGACACUCUGUGUAUAUGGGUAUAUUUUUGUAAUUUUUUAUAAACUUCAUCUUUUUUUUUUUAUAGGUUGAGCACAUAUAGUGUACAUAUCCCCUUUAUACCUCGUAUGUGUGUAGUGUGUGUAUGUUUGUGCACAUACACAACGUGUAUAUACAUGUAUAAGCAGUGUCUUAUAUUUUAAUGAGAACAGCUGAGGGUGUUUGCCAAGAUGCUCCUCGAUGUAUUCAGCUGUAUAUUUAUAUUUACACGCAUAAGUGACACAGGCAAUACAUGUGUGCGUGAGGAAAGCGUACAUAUUAUAUUUAUAUCGUUUUUUCUUACAUAAUGUAAUUGAAAUAUCACGGGACCUGCAGAGGUGCGCUGAAUCUUCAGCCGUAUUUCUCUUAUUAGUAGCAAUGAAACAUGUCAAUUUAAAUAUCUACCAUGGUUACGCAUCAUUUUCUGCUUCCAGUUUUCGGGUAAUCAUCAGAUUCCACUUGUGUAGUAUUCUUCGGACCAAUAAAAUCAUCGACGAACUCGGGGGGAAAAGGAACCCGAGGGACUUUUGCAGGUUCUUGAUACGAGAAGUAGAUUUUACGGUUUCAAUGAUGUAAAGUUUUAUAGUACGUAACUUAAUUUUUUUUUAUAUAUCUCAAAUAAUUCAAAAAAUCUGAGAAGUGAUUCUAGCAAAGACAAGUGAACGACGAGUUUACUUAAACAAAUAAAUUGAAGGCAUGAACUUGCUUUUAA